AUGUUUGUCGGUACACUAUGGGAAGUGGGUGAGGUGGAGAAAAACGCAUGUAACAAUGGAGGAGAAUAUGACAAAUUGGGAGGUAGUAGUUGUGUUUAUUGCUCUCUGUCCACUUCUACUUCCUCAUGCUCUUCAAAUGCUGCAUCUGCCUCUUCUUCGUCUCCUUGUUCAGUAUCAAUCUAUAUGGAGCUAUGGCAUGCCUGUGCUGGCCCUCUCACAACCUUGCCCAAGAAAGGGAAUUUAGUGAUGUAUUUCCCUCAAGGCCAUUUGGAGCAAGUUGCUUCAAGGGAUAUGUCCAGUUUUGAUCUCCCUCCCCAGAUCUUUUGUAGGGUUCUUGAUGUACAACUACUUGCUAAUAGGGAAAAUGAUGAGGUUUAUACUCAGCUGACUCUACUCCCUCUACCAGAGCUGAUUGGAGCAAAAUUAGAUGACAAAGAGAUUGAAAGGAUAGGGGUCCAUGAAGAUGAGGAUGGAGUUACGCCAGCAAAAUCGACCUCCCACGCGUUUUCUAAGACUCUUGCUUCUGACACCAGUAUUCAUGGUGGAUUUUUAGUUCCUCGUAGGGCUGCUAAAGAUUGUUUCCCACCUCUGGAUUAUAAAGAGCAAAGGCCGUCCCAGGAGCUUAUAGCUGAAGACCUACAUGGUGUUGAAUGGAAAUUCCGUCACAUUUACAGAGGCCAGCCAAGGCGACAUUUGCUCACUACUGGAUGGAGUAUUUUCGUUAGCCAAAAGAAUCUUGUAUGGGGGGAUGCAAUUCUCUUUCUGAGGGGAGAAGGUGAACUAAGGCUGGGAAUUAGAAGAGCUGCUCGGCCUAGAAAUGGGCUACCUGAUUCAAUUAUUAAAAAUCGGAGUACUUAUCCAAGUGUUCUCUCUUCAGCAGCCACUGCUUCGUCAAGCAAGAGUGCAUUCCAGGUGUUCUAUAGCCCAAGGCAUUGUUCGAUUUUCAACAUAUUGAUUCCAAAGGAAGGGAUCAAGGAAGCAAUGUUAGAAGGAUAUCUCAGUCUUGAAGCCCUUCAUUUACUGUUCCUUGUUUAUGUUCUUCAUGAGAAGGUUGCUGCUAACAGGGACAAGUAA